AUGUCCCAACAGCAACCUGCUCCAACACAACAACCUACAUCCAAAUAUGCGCAGACUUCAACCUCAGCAAAGCCUAGAAGAAAAGUAGUACCUGCACCAGCUGCAAAACCACCUCCAUCUCCACGCCAACACCGAUCCUCAUCUUCUGCUUCUACUGCUCCUCGUCCUCAAGGCCUUCAGCCUACUGGUGCUUAUGGAUCAGGCCAACCAAGCACUACAUCCUCAACAUCAUCUUUAGUCGUGACCUCUCCUUCUGCAGUUUCCCCAGCCUUGGUUCCUUCUUCUUCUUCUUCUUCUUCUUCUACUACCUCUGGUAUCAUUGGAACUCCUACUGCUACUUUACCAUUCCCUGCAGUACCUCGCCACCACCGUAACAAUUCAUCUGGGUCCAUUCGAUCCAUGCGCUCCUUUACAGAACCUUCCACAGAUACUAUAAAUCAGCCCACCCGAUUCCCAACAACACCAACCCCUGGAGAAAUUUACGACACAUUAGAGCGUGAACAAGAAGCCAUUGUCAACAAACUUCAAAAGGAAAUUGCUCAUUUACGUAAUGAACGCAGUCGCUCACGAUCUCGCUCUACCUCUUCGUCAACAUCUAUCUCACGCCACCCUUCCACACGCUCUGUCUAUUCCCUCAGCGAUACAGAAGACCAUCAUUUCAGUGGCCACAAAAAUAUUGCAAGCGGUGCUGGUCAUGCUGUUCCACCUGUAGCUUCUGCAGGUACCGCUAAUAUAGCAACCCCGUCUUCUUCUUCUUCUUCCUCAUCUUCCUCAAUUACUAUUGGAUUGACCCCUGGAUCUUCUGGAACCCCAGUCUAUCAACAAUUACAGCAAUCUGCACAACAGCUUCAGCCAUCACAACAGCCAGCAGGAUCUGGCAGUACCGCUGCAAGUUCAAUCACCACUCCACGCCCGGCGCGCAAGAGCUUUGGAUCUGUGUCAGAAGAUAGCCCAAUUUUGCUGAACCUUCGCAAGGAAAAUGACAAUCUCAAAAAACGGCUUGCCGAUCUUACCCUGAAACUUGCUGAAAAAGAUAAAGAGAUUGAAAGACUUAAAAAUGCCAAAUGA